UGCGCGUGCGUCGAGCGGUAGACGGCGGUGUCAGCUUUAGAACUUAAACAUUUUCUUCACCAAAAUAAAUGGUGUUUAUGUGGAACUUUUAGAACCGAGCUCUUCUUUGUCACUGCUGGCCGGUGAGUCGUCUACAUUUGGGAGUGUGUGUGUGUGAGCAUCAUGUGGAGAAAAGCUUCAGCAGUAGCCCUCCUGGCAUUAGCUGUUGGCUAUAUGUACUAUGGCUGCCCAGACUUACCAGAACAGAUUCUGCAAUAUAUCAACCUGCCAACCUUUCAGCCAUCAUCUGUAAGCCAGGACAAUCUUGAGCAGGUUAUCUCCUCUGCAUGGGAAACUCUGAUAACUACGCCGGCCAAACAGUGGAGCAAAGUAGCAGUAGGAGUGAAUGCCUGUGUUGAUGUGGUUGUCUCAGGCAUUGGAUUGCUACAGGCUUUGGCUGUGGAUCCUGGCACGGGCUUGGAUCACGAAGUGUUGCACUCCAAAGAGGACUUGAAGGAAGCCUUCAUUUAUUACAUGGAACGCGGAGCAGCUGCUGAGCGUUUCUUCAGUGACGAGGAAGCCUUUCAGAGGAUUGCACGUGCAGCAGUAGAGUACCCCGGUGCAAAGGUGUAUGUUGGAGGGAAUGCAGCCCUCAUUGGUCAGAAGCUCGCCACAUACCCUGGUCUGAUGCAGUCAGGCAGCUGUGAGGAGCUGAGUUCAACUCUACCCCAGCAGAACAGGCCUGGCUGCGAGGCUGCUACAAAGAAGAAAAAAAAAGUGUUGUUGUGUGGGCCCAUUGGACCUAAACUUCAUGAGAUGCUGAAUGAUCAGAUUGUUGUACCCCCAGAUUCUCUUCAGGAGACAGAUGAAUAUCAUCUCAUCCUGGAGUAUAAAGCAGGUGAGCAGUGGGGUUCAAGUCACGCACCUCAAGCCAGUCGCUUCAUCUUAUCUCAUGAUGUAUCCAACGGUGAGAUGAGCUCACUGGAGACAUUUAUGGCUGCACUGGAUGACUUCCAGCCCGACCUGGUAGUUCUGUCUGGGCUCCACAUGAUGGAAGGACAAGGGAGACAGCUGUGGGAGGAGCGUCUGAAAGAUGCAGUGGCAGCCAUAUCUGACAUUCGUAAAGACAUUCCCAUCCAUCUUGAGCUGGCAAGCAUGACCGACAAGGACUACAUGAACAGCAUCAUGCAGGAGCAGGUUAUGCCCAUUGUCUCCUCUAUUGGGCUGAAUGAACAGGAGCUGCUGUUUCUCACUCAGGCUGGUCAGGGGCCUCAUGCAGGUUUGGCCUCCUGGAAUGGGAUCCCUGAUGUAGGCCAGGUCAGUGACAUCCUUCUCUGGGUUUUACAACAACAUGGUCGCAGCAACCCCUCAUCUGAGGCAGACCUCACGCGCAUUCACUUCCACACCCUGGCCUACCACAUCAUUGCUGCUGUAGCUGGAUACUGGGGAAACCAGGAUUCAGCUGUCAUGGCUGGCGCGCGGGUGGCCAGCACUCAGGCCUGUGGCCUCCAGUCUGUUGAUGUUACAAAGGUGGAGCUCACAGCCCCCUUACAGUUUUACAGCUCUUAUACAGACCCUCAGAUGGAGCUGUCCAUAAACGCAACAGAACCUGUUACUGUGUGGCAGCGUGAAAAUGUGGUCUUCUAUCUCACGCCAGUGCUGGUCUGCAAGCAGCCGUUGCGGACAGUCGGACUUGGUGAUGCCAUCUCUGCAGAGGGUCUAGUUUACUCAAUGAUACAGAUCCAGCAACCUUUUUGAGCAUCCAUGGAAUCUGACACUCCACAUGUCUGAAAGCUUGGACAGGAUCUGCUGAAAAGGCCCAGCUAUGUUGCAUCUUCAGCCAUCUAUCUUUUCUUGGCUUUCUGGGUCUGGAGUCGUGGUUUCUGACCCUGUUCAGACCUCUGUGGUCCUGAGCCAAAGUUCGGUUUCAUUGGUGGAUAAGGUUUUAAUUCCUGCCUGAUGACACUUCCAGCCUACUUUAGUUCCAUUUGUUCUCCCUCAUUUAAUCCCCCAGGAGGCACACAGUGUGUCAAAACUAGAUUGAACUGGACUGUAAGAGGUCCAGACACUAUGCACUUGGCACACAACUUGUAACCAUCUUCACAAACUCCAGCGUCAUCUGUUAGCGUGUCUGAUUUAGUGACAUUCAUAUGUCCACUAUGCUGUGCCUGAGAAAGUCAAAUGCUUAAAAAAAAAAAUCAAUAUUUUGUUUAUAUGUUAUACAUAGUUAAACUUAAAAUAGUGUACAAGUUAUCAGGUGUAAACACGAAACAAUUACAUAGGAUGUAAAUGUCUUCACAUUUGUUGCAUUUGUAGUGCCUAUAUAAAGUACUUAACCCCUUUUGACUUUCAUGUGAUGUAUCUUAAUUUUUUUUAAUGAUAUCAAGUUUAAAAAAUCUGGCUUCUUUAUAUAAUUUUGGCUUUUUAAACUCUAAUUACAAAAGCUGACUUGCUGUAAAAGUGCUGUUACAUUUGUGCAGCAAUGGCCCUUGUGUUCAACACAAAGUCUGUUUACUUGGGAUAAACAUACAAAAAAUGACAACUUUUGUGUCACAUAUUAUUGCAGAAAUGUUUAGAAAAAAAUGAUGAUAAACCUCAAACUAUUUCACUAUUAGGAAAAGGAAACAAGAAACAGACAAAAAGGUGGCCAAAAACCAUCAGCAAAUGAAUGAUACUGCAUUUCUAAUCACAAAUUCUCACAAAACCACCGCAUCAUCACCAAAUACUACCUGUGACAGUACUGCAGUAACAUUGUGAUUGCUCUCUGUUUUACUUCGUGUGCUGGUAAUGGCAUAGGGUUUGUACAGUAUAAAGGUAGAUGGGUGGGUUGGUUCAUCCAUCCCAGCCAGGUUGUGGAGACAACAUAAAAACAAAAACAAUAAAUGCUCUCAUCUUGUACAUCUCUCAGUUAAAAGGUUGUAUAAAGAGGGCAACUGAUUUAAAAUCAGGUACAUUUUGAUGAAG